GAUAUCAGAAGCCAUUGAACAUUAAGUCUGACGAAUUUCAGUAGCGUCCAACUGGAGAAACAUUCAAAAGCUAAAUAUCACUUGCAUUUUCUAAUUAAGAUAAUUAAAUAACAAAUCCCAAAAUGGAGAAUUAUAGUGAUUCAGAUACAGAAUCAGAUUUUUCUGAAUCCGAAACUGAAAAUGAAUACGAUCUCUGUUGCCAGCGUGGAUCUGGGACAUGUGCUUUGCCCUUUGAUCCCACAUCGAUUGAAAAUAUUAUUUUAUCUAUUAGUGAUCAGUUUAACUUUCGCAUACUUCUCAAUGAUAGCAGAGUAAAAAGUGCAAUUGCUAUAACUACAGGAUUGACUCUGGCUGGAAGUUUAAUCGGAAAACAUUAUGGAGGAAAAGUUGGAGCAGCUGUUGGCGGAGCGGUUGGUGGUGUGUGCGGGCUUGGAAUUAUUGCUGUGUCAAUGCGGGACAUUUGGCAAGAUAUAAAAGGCAAAUUGUCUGAAUUGUUCGAUAUCGUGUACGAUUACCUGGCCGGGCUGGGAAUCAACGAUUACAAAAUGGCCGCUAAGUUCUUGAUGCAAAACAGUUGGGACAGCAGACAGCUUGCCGGAAUCGUUUUACAAGUUUCGUCAGAUGUACUUGGAAAGAAAAUUUUAUCAAGCCUUAAUGCGGCGAUAUAAUUUAAUUUUGUUUACUUUCUGAAAGACUGAAUUUAUGACUUACGACUUUGAGACGUAUUGUAU